GUCAUGGAGAAGUCAAGAAAGUACCGUAGCGACAUCUAGUUUGAUUUCGGGACCUAAUGUUUUAUCUCAAAUACUUCCUCAUUAAAUAGAAAAAAUAAUGUAUCGGAUAUCCAAUAUAUGAUUAUGAUAUAGAAUUUUGAAAAAUUAAUUUAUAUAUAGUUAACUUAUACGAUACUCUCUCCUUUACGUUCCGUUAUAUCGAUGAUAAAGAUGUCAUUUUUUAUCGAUCGAAAUAUACAUCACUAGUUUUAUAACGGCUACGGCAGUUUAAAAUUACGUGGGCUUUGUUUCGUUUGCAAAAUGUAAAAUUUUAGAAGUUAUCAAUUAUUCUAUGAAAAAUGUCGGAAAAAUUGAAAGAAUAUCAAGUCAUAGAUGUGUUGUGUGGCGGUACGUUCUAUAAGGUGAGGCACAAGGUCACCAACAAUAUUUUUGCGUGGAAGGCGUACAAUUGCUCGACGUUCUCCGACUCCCAGAUACAAAACAUAGUCAACGAAGUGAAAACGAUAAGCAACGUUAUUUCCGAAAACUUGCUGCAGUACUAUGACACCAUACUGCACAUACCGUCGAAGACAUUGUACUUUGUCCUUGAAUACAACUCGUGGCGUAGUUUGCAAGAACUGGUCGAGGUGAGCAGAGCUACCGAUAAGUUCUUCGCAGAAGGCUUCGUUUGGUAUCUACUUUUAGAGUUGGCGAGGGUCUGUAAGGUUGUAGAGGAUUUACAUUUAGUCGUCCUACAGAAAUGUUUAUCUGUACAGUCAAUGUUUGUAAACGAGGACGGCGAUCUUCGAUUCAAUUGCUUCGAGCUGGCAUCGACGGUCAGAAAGGACCUAAUGCGCCAGACGGGAGAUGUGAUUCAAGCCCUUUGUUACAGGGAUAACGAUUCCGAUGCCAAUAUUAAGAGCUACCAUUACAGCGACGACCUCUGCGACGUUGUUAUGUUUUUAACAGAUGACAAGAACGUCAAUUUACGCCCUGACGUCGUAUUGUAUCAUCCUACUGUGCUUGCGAACAUAGAAACUCAGAGUAGGCCAAGAAAAUUGGCUGAUAUCCUCGUCUCAGCUGAAUAUUCACAUCUUGCUACAGAAGUAAAUAAAUGCGACUCCCAGAAGGCCGUUGAAAUGAGCAGAACUAUUCAACCUGCACCUAGGAAGUGUUAUAAUUUACUAAGUAGUCCAGUAUACUGUAAUAUAAGUCCUAAAGCGAAGUUAAUUAAACAAAUCGAACAACCUAGAUCUGACCAAGGCUCCCUGUCUCCUACUUUGGCUGCUUUGGCUUUAGAGCUGCCUGGUUUUGUACCAAGAAGUAGAAAACCUUAUACUGCUGUAUUGGACAAUCUAAACUGCCCCCAACAAGUAUCCGAGCAGACCCUUAGUCAGGAAUGGAUGAAUCGUCUUAUUGCUUUAAGACAAAGAGAGGAGUCACUCAACAAAAGGGAAAGAGAAUUGAUUGCAAAGGAGAUAGUGAAUAGUCCUGCUGUCAAGAUAAUCCCUCUGAAAGAUUCUUUUGAGAAUCUCUGUCCUAGUACUAGUAAUGGGAUCACGUUGCCUGUAGUUAUAAGCCAAGCUAGUUGUGAGAAAGAUGAGUGGGUGUCUCGACGCCGCCACAGACGCUCUAGUUCAGUGCGCGCACGGCCACGGCGCAAGAGUUAUGCUUAUGAAGAUCUCGACAGCACAUUGUCAGCUGAUGAUGGGGAUAGCACCAUCAUGGUAACAUCCACUAAAUUUACUAAAGAAAACAUGCCUCGCCGCUCCAUCUUUCCCGAUGUUGGCACAAAGAAAGUUCAUUUCACAUCCUCAAACCCCUUUGCCGAUAGUGAUGAAAGUGUCACUCUUACGUUUUAUGAAUUAGGGAAUGGAAAUCAGGAGGGGCAUCAAACACCUCACAAGCAGGAAAAAGUUGUUAAAGAUAUCACUAAGUUCAAAUAUUUAGAUGUGGAUAGGAUGACUUCUGAGAAGAGAGCUGCAAAGAAUUGGAAUCAUUCAUCACCUUCGAAGCAAGCUAAGCUUACUAAGGCUAUAUUUUCUGACAUCACUAACAUGGGUGAGAGUCAAAUAAGGAAGACACCUUCAAAGACAAGUUUAGCCUCAAAAAGUUCAGCUAGUUCAAGAUUUUCAAGUACUUCAUUGAAGGGCCAGUGGAGCAUGGAUUUGAGUAGCAAGGCAAGUGAGAGUGUUACAUCAGAAAAAGAAUAUUCUAGUGUAAGACAACCUUUAAUGCAAACCUCUGUAGCUCCUUCAGAUAUGAAGAAAUCUAAGAGGAAGUCUUUGCUACCAUUUAAAACACCCUUCAAGUUCAACAAAACUUCUAAAGUUUAGUUAUGUGCAAUUCUUAAUUUUAUACAGCAUGAGCUCAACAAAACCUGUCUACAUACUUAUUUUAUAUUUGUGAUUUCAAAUCAAUUUCUGAAAGGUCCUUUUAAAAUUAAGUUAUAAAAAUCCUUUUCUUUAUUUUAUACAUAAAAUUGGUUGUGGUAAUUGUAGGUUAAGAUAAGAUAGAAUAAUGAUAGAUAAGUUGCAACUGAAUAGUUGUUGCAUGUCUGAAAUUUUUAACAGUUUUGUACAUAAAUAUUUCUUGAGAUUCAUAAAAUAAAUUCAUUAAAUUUUGUAUAUGAAUUUUAGGAAAACUUGUGUGUAAUUGUUAGUUAAUAAGUAGACAUUAUAAAAAUGCUUAUAUAUUGUGUUGUAUGUAAAAUGAUGAAAUACGGACACCAACCCACCCUAACCCUAGAUUAUAGAAAUUUUUACAUUUUAAUAAUGAAUUCAUCAAGAAGAUAAAUAUAUUUUUUAUUGUAUUCAUUUAUAUGAGGAUGUCUUAGAAAUAAAAAUAUAUUUUAUAAGUAUUAAAUAAGAUACUUUUUAGUCUUAAAUGUCUUCCAAUGGUUUUUUGUAAUGAGGUUUUUAUAUUGGAUAAAUAAAAUGUUUUUUCUUUUUCAAAUAUGUAGUUUGUGUUGGUGCAGUCAUGAGCAUAAAAGAAGGUAGUAUGUCUACUUUGUGAUA